ACUUCUUUUACCGUGGACUAGAGGAUCUCGCGUCCACGACCUGGAAUUGUGCGAGCACGUCGAGGUAACCCUGACGGUCGCGUUUGAUUGAGCGAGUCUGUUUGAGUGGAUUUUGUGUGUGCGGCAAAGCAAGGCGGCAAAAAAAAGGUGUCACCGUGGGAUUCGCAGCUGAGUCAAGGAGCACGAUCAUUCGUCGUUUUACAAGUUCUUACAGAUGGAGCAUAAUCACAAAAAUCUGGACUGCUAUUUCUUCUACUAUUCUACAUGCAAGAAGGGUGACUUCUGCCCAUAUAGACAUGAACCAUCUGCUCUGGGUUGUGAAACUAUUUGCACAUAUUGGCAGCAGGGAAAUUGCCUUAAUGAGCAUUGUAACUUCAGACAUAUGGAAUUGAAAAAAAAUCGCAAAUCAAUUCCUUGUUAUUGGGAAACACAACCUGGAGGAUGUAGGAAGCCGCAUUGUCCAUUUAUGCAUACGAGUCCACGCACUAUUAGUGGUGAACCCAUCAACCCUGUGAAGACCGCAGAAGUAGCAACUAAGUCUCCAAAUCAAGAAUGGCUCAAUCGUCAGGAUGAUACAAAGUACGACGGCAGCAGUACUACCGAGUCGGACCAAGGUAGAGGAAACAGCGAAGCUGGUAGCUUUAUCGGCAGUCCCGCCGUCGAUCCUCUCAUCGUCAAAUUCGAAGAAGAAUCAGAUAAUGAAAGCACACCGUCGCCGGUAAAGUCGCAGCCCAAGAAGGUACCGUACUGCAAGACCUACGAGCAGAUGAGAUUGGAGGAGAUUCAGGCGGAGAGUGCGGCUUAUUACUCGUACGACGACGAACCGUAUGGCGGCGGACUCCACCGGAAUCAAGCGGACAUCGGUAAGGCGAAGAACAGUCGGGGAAAUCGAUGGAUCUGCGUGAAUCCAGUCAAGGAGAAGCAAGAGGUGCCAACGACGAAGCUGGACUUCGAGGUGCUGAGUCUGGAGGAGAUCCGACGACGGAAGAAGGAGAAGGAAGUGGUCGUCAGAGCCGUGACGGGCACGUCGUCGGAGCCCUCGUCGCCGAUCGAGACGAAAGGCGUGAAGAGGCAUUCGACCGAGCACCGCGGCAAGGAGAGCGACAGCCCGCCGAAGAAGCGCAGGAUCAGCACCGAGUUUGUGAAGAAUAGCGAAUCCAUCGCCGCCGUCAAAGUACCGCCGGUGAAAUUACGCAGGUCUCUGAAAAACACCGCCGCGAGUGAAACCGAGACGCAGUCGUGCAAAGACGCGAGUAAGCGAGGGACAGCGGAGGUUCAGGACAUCGAGAUGUCCUGCUGCGAGAGGCUGCAGAGUGAUAUUAACGAUUCGGCUAGCGUGAGCAGGAGAGGCGAGGUGGAGGUCAGGCUGUGCGACAGCAGCACGAGGGAGGAGAGAACGCAAACGCAAUCGGAGCAAGCGAUGGAGGACAAGAAGUCCGUCGCCACGUACACAACCGAGGAUAUUAACGUGCUGUUCGAUGCUCAGCCGUACACCACCACGGCGGAAGAGUAUCUGAGGCUAGACGCAUCGUCCGACGAUAUUAUGAGGGAUAUUGAGGCCUUACUUAAGUAGAAAAGCAUAUGGUUUAAUUGAUUUUAUGCGAAUAAAUGUAACUAGUUUCAAA